AGAUGGUACUUUUUGGGGUGGUCAUUGGUAAGUGUGAAAUGCCUAGCACUAAUAUUUCACAAGAAAAUGACCAUGCAAUAAUCAUAGUUAAACGUCAAUUUGUGGCUUGCAAAUUCAGAUAAACAGCAGUGGACUUACAUUACCUUUUUCCCUAAAUCUUUUUGAUAGAAACAUAAAUGGUACUUAUUUAAAUAUAUUAUCACUGGUUUGGUGUCAAAUAGUUAAUAUUUUCUGACCGAAAUAAUAAUUUGAAAUGUGCCUACCUCCUGCAAAUGGACGUAUUUGGCCAAGUUCUCCACUUUACUCCGCUGUUUAUCGGCGAUCUCGUCGACAUCCUACAAAAAAUGUAAAUCAUCUCAGACAUAAUGGUAUCAAGAACAUUUUAAACAAGUUUCAACUUGGUUUCAAGUAGAUCAUAUUACCUGUUUAACCAUCGACAAGGGAAAUCCACAACUUUGUCCAAAUUCGGCGCCAUUUUGUCAUCCCAUGUCGCUUGUUAACAAUUCGGCCUUGUUACUCUUCCAUCCAAGCCAUUUCCAUUGCACAAAUAACAAAUUUAACCCUUUGUUAAGGGUAUUAAAAUAAAAAUACAAAUGAAAUAUGCGAUGCAGCAUUUUAUCACCCUGUAAGAUCUUGCUCACGAGUCUUUCAAAACAUUCCGUACAAAUCUCGCGUGACAAAGUAACAGGGACGUGACAGGGGGGGGGUGAAUUAUUUCACGAAGAUAGAAGAAGGCUGCGUGAAAUAGACUAAAAGCUAAAUACAAUCAUACAAACGUUUGUUUUAUUUCUUGUAGCGACAUAUUAUUAUUUAUUAAUAUGAACAAGUCAUACAAAUUAAAUGUUGAUUGUUGGUUUUAGUACGUUUUACCAUACUGUGUAAGUGUGUAACUGUGUGGGCUUUGCUUUCAUUUUUCAAGUCUCUACCCCCCCUGUCACGUCCCUGUUGCUAAACCACGCGAGAUUUGUACGGAAUGUUUUGAAAGACUCGUGAGCAAGAUUUUACCGGGUGAUAAAAUGCUGCAUUUCGCAUAUUUCAUUUGUAUUUUAUUUUAAUACCCUUAACAAAGGGUUAAAUUUGUUAUUUGUGCAAUGGAUAUGGCGUGAAUGGAAGAGUAACAAGGCCGAAUUGUUGACAACCGACAUGAGAUGACAAAAUGGCGCCGAAUUUGGACAAAGUUGUGGAUUUACCUUGUCGAUGGUUAAACAGCUAUGAUCUACUUGAAACCAAGUUGAAACUUGUUUAAAAUGUUCUUGAUACCAUUAUGUCUGAGAUGAUUUACAUUUUUGGAAGGAUGUCGACGAGAUCGCCGAUAAACAGCGGAGUAAAAUGGAGAACUUGGCCAAAUACGUCCAUUAACUAAAAACGAAAUUCUCUCUGAUAACCAAUUUGGCUUUCGAAAGUUUCACUCCACCGCUACGUCCCUUUUAGAUUCAACAAAUAGUUGGUAUGUUAACAUGGAUCGAAAAAUGUUUAACUUAGUAGUUUUUAUAGAUCUAAAAAAAGCAUUUGACACCGUAGAUCACGAAAUUCUACUUGAGAAAAUGCAAAUUUACGGUAUUAAGGAUAAGGCACAUUUGUUGCUGAGAUUGUAUCUUACUGAUCGCACCCAAAAAUGCCGAGUAAAUGGUGUUGUCUCGUCUGAACACAAAGUUAAGUGUGGUGUUCCUCAAGGCUCCAUUUUAGGUCCUUUAUUUUUCCUAAUAUAUAUAAAUGAUUUAUCUGAAAGCCUAAAUAGGACAAAGCCAAGACUUUUUGCAGAUGACACAAACCUCACUGCUUCCGGUGGUACAAUUGAUGAUGUUGAAAAUGCAGUGAACUCUGAUUUGGAAAACCUCAGAAUGUGGUUAAACGCGAACAAACUGAGUCUAAACAUUGCCAAAACUGAAUUUAUGCUCAUAGGAUCAAGAUCUCUAGUGCAUACUGUUUCAGAUUCAAAUUUAAACAUAAUGAUUGAAAACAGACCAAUUAAACAAGUGAAGGAAUGCAAGACACUAGGAGUAAUAGUUGAUCAGCAUCUCUCUUGGAAAAGUAACACUGAGAGUAUCUGUAAGAAAAUCACAUCGGCCAUUUCUGUUAUUAGAAAACUAAAAGAAUUUGUUGACCGUGAUACACUUGUUUCUAUAUUUAACGCAAUUGUACAACCAUACUUUACUUAUUGUUCUGAAGUGUGGGACAUUUUUGGUGAAACUCAAUCACAACGAUUACAAAAGCUUCAAAAUAGAUGCGCUCGAAUUAUUAUGGACAUGGGUAACGAAGUUAAUGCCCAAAUCGCAUUAAAUUCGUUAGGAUUGGAGACACUAAAAGUACAAAGAACUAAAGCUAAGGCAAAAUUAAUGUUCAAAAUUUUGAAUAUGUCUGGGCCUAAAAGCCUAACAGACCUUUUUACCUACAAGAAUGAGAAUACGCAUUAGUGUCUCCGUGACAAUGAAACAACACUCGUUUUGCCACAGCCCCACACAAAUAGCAUGAAAAAGAGUUUUAUGUUUAAUGGGGCAAAAAUAUGGAACUCAGUGCCUAAAGAAAUCAGAGGAAUUAGGUCCCAGUCUCUAUUUGAAAGAAAAAUUGCUGCUCAUGUUUCUAAAUAAUAUAUUUAUACAUACAUAUAUAUAUCCUUUAUUGUAAAUAGUUAUCUAUAUGUUUUGUUAGCUGUUUAUAUUGUCAAUUUUGUCAAUUGGAACAGUUAGAUUAUUUCUAUUUUCUUUUAUUUGAUUCCAUAAGAGUCAUAACAACACUUAUAUAUAAUAACUUUUGAACACACGCCCUUCGUGGAAAUCAAUGUUUUUAAUUGACGUAGUUAGCGUGUCAAAAUAAAAAUCUAUCUAUCUCUAUCUAUUUAUCUAUCUAUCUAUCUAUCUAUAUGGCUAUAAAUUAUAUUAUCUCAAACGUCACCAAAUAUGAGUCCCAAAACUGUUUGAUGACCUCGACGUUUCUAGCCGGCCUAGAUAAUUUCUUCACGAAAAAGUUAAUUAAAUUGUUUACUGAUAAACUGGACGAAACCUAGACGUAAAAUAGGCUGGCGUUAGCCAGAUUAUACUUCAAGUUUUCAAACCUGGUUUUCAGAUUGAUCCAGCAACAAAAUUAUCAUGCAUGUUCUUGCUAUUAUUGCAGGCAAAACAGACAAAUGAGAAGAGUGGUCCAGUGAAACAUGGUAAAUUAAAACGGCGAAUUAUAUAGCGGUUCUAUCAUCAUUUAUAAUAUAUGAACUGUUAUCUAAAACUUAACUGAUAUUAGCUUAUAUAUGGCUAUAGUAAUGUCAGUCACGCGUUAUCACUGACAUAACAACUUUAGACCAUAUGCAUGGUUUUGAAGUUUUUGAGCAAGAAGUUUUAGAGCUUACUGAAGAGAAGUUUUCUAACCAUCCAUGCACACGGCAAUAAAGAAUCUUAAAGUGAAUCUUAAUUUUUCUUUUACUGUGAUCAACUGUGAAUAUUCGAAAAAGCUGCUGUUGUCUCUGGAUGAGAAAAAGGCUAGUGGUCCUGAUGGAAUUUCACCUUCAAUUGCUGCUCCUUUUACUGCGCUACUCAGUCACUGCAUUCCCGAUUCUAUAUGACCCACUCGGAAUGGAAAUGUAGUGAUGCCAUUCCUAAUUAUAACAAGGAAGAGCCGACACAUAAAACUAACGAUAGGUCCAUUAAUCUAUUGUCUGUGAUCCCAAAGUUAGUUGAGAAAGUUCGAUCAGUUACACCAGGCGUUUUCUCCUGUUUUCUCUGAAAACUGGCUGAAGAUUGGAGAUCUGAUCUCGAUGUUAAAAAGGACAUAGCUGUUGUGGCAAUUGAUCUUUCUAUAAUGCAUUCGAUUCUAAUUUUUAUCCGCCAUAAUUUGUUGCUAGCCAAACUGAAGUCCUAUUGUUCGUUCCUACUUGUAUGGUCGUAAACAAAAGGUUGACUGGGGUCCCUGUUGUUCAGUAUUUUUGUGAACGAUGUGAACUCAGUGUAAACUUGCUCUCCCCUUCGUCUUUAUGCGCGACGACAAUAGAGAGGUUCAGAUUUGACUUCCACUAUCGCUACCUUUCAGUCUCACUGGCUUACUACCAGUGGCGGCGUCACUAAGAGCGACUAAAGGCUACACAAGCGUUUUGUCGUUAUCGGAAAAUGUAUGGCUUAUAAGUUGUCAUUACUCAUUAGUGAAUGCGUGCAUACAUGAAACUGUUUUUUACAGUUUCAAUAUUAGUUUGUAAAUCUCUGAAUGGUAAAACUUGCCAAUACUCCAAUAAUACGUUUCAAAAAAGACAAACUGAAAGCUUUAGUUUUGCAGAGUUAAAUUCUCAAACGUGUAUAAGGCACUAAUAAGAUGAAAGUAUCACGAAAUUAUUUGAAUAAACCACAUCGCAUAUAUGGGGGGCGAAUAUCCUAAAGGGGGGCGAUAUUCCUAGGGUAUUCGCCCCCACCCCCUGGGGGGGGGGGCGAUAUUCCCAGGAUAUUCGCCCCGGGGGCGAUAUUCCUAGGAAUAUCGCCCUCCUUUUGAGGAGGGGGCGAAUCUCCUGGGGGGCGACCUUUUUAAAAAUUAUAUCUCCCCCCCCCCAAUAUGAGUUUGCCCCUCAAAUGCCCCCCAAAUUGGGAGGCCUGACGCCGCCACUGCUUAAUACGCAUCUGAUUGGAUAAUCGGAUAUACCAAACGCAUCUAAUUGCGGUAGUGGUAGUGAAAGUCAAAUCUGAACCUCUAUAUAUCUUUUUAUGCUUCCUACGCCCCUGACCUGACGUUUGAACUUCAUAUAAAUGAAAUGCUUAAAAAGCUAGAUUUAUGCUAAAGUGGCAACUCUGCGAGGUCUGAGGCGCUUCAUCCCUAUUGAAAUAGCACUGUAGCAACAAAACUGUAUAAGGCCUUCAUCCUACUACACUUUGAAUAUUGCUGUCCUGCCUUUCUCGGUACUGGGAAAUGCUUUAAUAGGAAAUUCUAAUCCACCAACCCGUGAUUACGCCAUAAAAACUAUGUUUAAUAUGGGCGAUACUGCUGAUUACGUGAAACAGUUUUGAAUAUGGCAGUGCAUGCGUAGUUUCGAACAAAGGCGAUUUGAAUAGUCACUUUUUUUUGCAUAAACUACACGACUCCAUGACCAUGGAGCUCAAUAUCUUUCCACUUUUUCGGAAGUAUGGAUUUCACGCUAUAUUAUAAUCUUAGAAACAUUGGUGUGAACUUUGAGCAAGUUCGCUACAAUAGUAAUAAUACGUUAUUUCAGCAUAAUUUAUCAUUAUCUCGCUACUGUAAUGGAGGUCGAAAUUCCUAAAAGGGCGCGAUAUUCUUAAGAAAUUUCCACCGGAGCGAAAUUCUGGGUGGUGGGUUUGUUGGGACAGUAGCCAGUUGCCGUUAGAUAGUAAAUGUGCGAGUAUUUUUUGCAUUCCGGUUGGAAGGUAAUUUUUGUCUUUAUUACGUUCUUCGUUCCUCUAGCAAAAAGUUGUGAUGCGUUAUGUAAAUCAGGCAAAACAACCACAGGUGUUUAUACAAUCGACCCGGACGGACAAGGAGAUUUCAAAGUGAGAUGUGACAUGACGUCCACUCCAGGUAGGGGCUGGACCAUAUUCCAGAGACGUGUAGAUGGUUCUGUGGAUUUUUACAGAAACUGGAAUGAUUACAAAAAUGGAUUUGGAAAAUUGGCUGGCGAAUUCUGGCUAGGUUUGGACAAAAUUCACCGUUUGUCAGUGAGUGGACAUAAUGUAUUACGAGUUGAUCUUGAAAGUUUUGAAAACGAAACAAGAUAUGCUAAUUUCGGAACAUUUACUGUGGGAAAUGAAAACGAAGGUUACAUUUUGAGUAUUGGUCAAUACACAGGUAAAAAUAUUUUCAAGAUAGAACGUUCCAUAGAUUUUUCACGAGGCAAAUACAGGGGUAUAAUCUGGUGCUAAUCCCCAUGGGAGGAAUCAUCCACAUACAUGUUGCUGUUAACGGCUUCGUUAAAUCCCAAAUGGCACCUUGCAGGGAGUUUGUCCCGUGUUCCGCCUUAUUUGAUUACGUACCUAACCUACGUAUGUAUAUAUCUUUCGAAUGGCCAAACCAAAGCUCAUAAAUAAAAAAAUAUGUGACGCCAUGGUGGUGAUAGUAUUACGAAAAUCUCUCCUCAUAAAUAUUCUGGCUUCAAAAUUAAUUCCCUGCCUCAAAAGGUUACUCUAUCCAGUCCUGGUUUGAGAUCAGUGCAUGGUGCGCCCGACUUUAGAAAACAUGCGAGUUAUGUUAUUCCAAUUUACAGGCGACGCAGAAGAUUCAAUGAACUACCAUAAUGGGAUGAAAUUCACGACUAAAGACGUCGAUAAUGACUACUUUACAAACAUUCAAUGUGCUCAAACCUACAAGGGUGCUUGGUGGUACAACCAAUGUCAUCAUUCAAACUUGAAUGGCCAAUAUCUUGCUGGUCCUCACAGUUCUUAUGCUGAUGGAGUUAACUGGCGCGAUUUUAAAGGAUAUAAGUACUCUUUAAAGACAAGUGAAAUGAAAGUACAACCAAUGGCAUAGCCAAUCUGAUCACAAUCAAUUAGACUUUCUCACGUGGGCCAAUGAUCCGCCAUUUUGGGGGUAGUGCAUUCCCUCGUAAUAUAAUCUAGACAAUUAAGGUUACAGAACACCUUUGAGUAUUAAUUUCGCCUAAAUUUUUUUUAUUGGUUGCCAUGAAAGCAUUAGACUAGUUCUACUAUCUGAGCAAGUGUGGACAAAAAAUAUUGAAAACUCCGUGGCCGGGCAUAUUUUUCAAGCCCGCCCGGUGUGGAUAUGCACUCAGAGUAACACCACAAACAUAUUAUUCACCUGAGUACACAACACCAGCACAGAAAAACUCGCAGAGUUAUUUAAUAAAAUACAUUUCGCUUGCAAUCAGAAAAACAUUGAAAAUGUAAUAUUCAAAUUCAAUUUUCUCCCGAAGAAUUUUACGGCAAUUACUGAUUUUUUAAACGAGUUGUGCUCCUGCAGGUUUUAACGAAUUGUUCUCAAAUUUUCACAGGACAUAGCUAACGACGUUAGCUUUGUUCUAAUUUUGGAUAUUUUAAUAAUAAGGAGCAAUUCACACAAACAAUUCAGAAAUAUAUUGCAGUCGUCAAAGAAAUCGCCAUAUCAGCGGAAUGACGAAAUAAACAAAAAUUUCCGAACACGAUUUUUUAGAACAACUAUUUUACUGUAUAAAAAUUAUAUUUGCAUAAAUAUAUCUUAAAACCAGCAGGAACAUAACUCAAAAGCGUAAAGGUACCGCGACUUAAUAUUUUCCUGAAUAAUUCUUACAUUAUUUAAUUAGCGAGGUUUAGUAAAGACGACCGACGUCAACGAGGACGUGAAAAUGGCGUAAAAAUGGCGUGAUAUGCCCAUCUAUGGAUGUGCCCACGCCAUUUUUACGCCAUUUUCACGUCCUCGUUGACGUCGCGUCGUCUUUGCUAAACCUCGCUAUUGUUUGUCAAUUUUACAACUUUAUCAUAUUUUGCAUGCACUGGCUAACAUUUGGUGAAAAUUUGAUGAAAAUCGGACUGAUUUUGAGCGCGACGAAAGGUAACUUUCUAACGAAAGGUGUAUAUACCCUUUGCUACAAAUUGACGUAUAUAAAGGACAGAAAGGGAAAUUCUACCGCGAUAUUUGCCGACAAAAAUCGCUACAGAAAAUAGAACAAAUUACAGAAAUACAAAACAAGUUACAGAAGCGGAAGUGGGAAGGUUCUUGUAUUUUGACUGUAAAUAGAUACCGCUUGCUAAUCAUCGCAGGCUCAUUUGCAGAUAACUGAGUUAUCUGCUAGCAGAUAACUAAAUUUUUUGUAGGUUGCGUGAUUGCGCGAUUUAACUGUAAGCUCUUAGCCAAUCAAAUUGCUCAUAGUUUACCAACUAGAAUGUAUAAUAAUUUAAUUAAUAUUGCUUUAUAAAUACAAUAUGUAGUCAAUAAGAAUGAAUUACACGUGCAUGGUUAUAGAAUGAGUAAGAAAGUUUACAUUAACUUUCAUUUACAUAUAUGUUGUAAGAAAUAAUAUAUAAAAUCCAUACUAAUUAGUCAAGUUUAUAAUCCAUAUGACAAUCAUUUUUAAAAUUGAACAUUGCGCCUUUUUUUGAAACUAUAAGCCGGUUUACACGACCAGUGUUUUGAGCACGGCACCUCUGCCUUUUGACUUUCUCACGAGGUAGUCUCGGCACGUCUACCAAGCGGUGCCGUGCCUAAAUUUCGAAAAAAAAUAAAAAAUGCGUUCGACAUCGAGCAUGCGCAAAACAAAUUGUCCUCUUUCCAACAUGGCAGCAAGCGGCGAAAAACUGUAACUUGCCAAAAAAAAAAACAAAGUUAAAAAACAAAUUUAAGUAACACAGAAUGUGAAUGUUGCUCUAGUUGACUCGGAAAUUUUGAUACCACUGUUCGUCGCUGAAUAGAGCAGUAACUAGGUCGUAGCAUAUGGCUGUCCUUCGAUGCGAGUCCAUACCUCUCGAAUUCGUGGCGUGUGAAUACAAGAUGGCGCAACAUUUACGCGAGAAAACAACUCCUUUCGUCUUUAAGGGCCUGUUCAUAUGGGCAAAAGUUAUCCCGAUUAAAAAGUUGUAGGCUAACCAAAUACUUUUGUUCUGUUCACAUGGAGAAACGUUAUCCCGCUUACCGGAUAAAGUUUCCGGCUGUGACAUAGCACUGAAUAUCAAUUGAAAAGUUGCUGACACGACAGAAAGUUAUCCUGCUAAGCGGGAAAGUUAUGUUCAUAUGGGAAAAACAUUAUCCCGGUCACCGAGAUCUGGCUUGUCAACAAACGAGAUCUCGGUACACGGGAAAACUUUUUGUCUUAUAUGAACGCAGUGUAACUUUUCAUAUUAUUUUCAUACCAAGGCGAGAUCUCGCUUGUAAACUUGUCGAAAAGUUUUGUCGCUAACCAGGAUAACUUUUGCCCAUAUGAACUGGCCCUUAAAGUACUUUUGUAGUAUUGGAUUGGUUUUUUCCCUCGAUUUUCGGCUCAUAUAAUACUCUUCUUCGUUCCAAGAAAUAUAAAUAUAUAAUUCUAUUUCUGUCCGACAUCUUUAUUCUCUAAAAUAUACCGGCGUCGUAAACGGAAAGUAGAGGUGCCGUUUUCCGAUGGGCACGGUGCUUAUCAUAAAAGUGUGUCUACAAAAAGUUGUCGUGUAAACGAGUAAAUAGCGAAGUGGGAGUUUUGGCACGGUGCCCAUUUUCAGGGGUGCCGUGCCCAAAACACUUGUCGUAUAAACCGGCCUUAUGAUGUUAUCACCAAGAGAUGUAUGAGAUUGUAGAUUAUUCUGUUGAAUAAAAUAAAGAAAACAGUUGAAAUAUGCAGCUGUCCUAAUUGAUUGUUUUGUAAUCGAACAAGUGACAUGGACAAGGCCAUAAAGGCCCUGUUACACGGUGCAAUUUUUCAUGCAACUUGUCUCGCAAUGACGUUGCGAGACAAGUUGCACGAGUCAUUGCACCGUUUAACAUGCCUUGCAAUGGUCAAAAUCGUUGCGAGACAAGUUGCAUGAAGCAUUGCAGAGAGUAGAAGUCGGUUCUACUUUUGGCAACGAUUGCACUAAUUAUUUUAAGCGUUGCAGCGUGUAACAUGGCUUCGUGCAACUUGUCUCGCAAUGUUUAUAGCUUGGAGAGUUCCUGUUGGCUCUCCCCAGUACACACUUUAUUUUAAUUAAAAUUUGGCGCCAAAUAGCGCCUCUCCCUAGUCUCUUCGCAUGCCUCUGUCCCGUAUCGUUGCGAGUUGCAUGAAAAUCAUUGCAGCGUGUAACACCUCUUGCAAUGCAUUAUCAAAAUCUUUUUAUAAACAUUGCGAGACACGUUGCAUGAAAAAUUGCACCGUGUAACAGGGCCUUAAGGGAUCCAGAACAUGUAAGGUGAAAAGAGGUGAGUAAACCUAAGUAAACCAUCUCUUGGAUCCUAAGAUUGAAUCAUUGAAUCCUAAAUAGAAUAAUUGAAUCCUAAGAUUGAAUAAUUGAAUCCUAGAUUGAAUAAUUGAAUCCUAGGAUUGAAUUAUUGAAUCCUAGAUUCAAUCAUUGAAUCCUAGAAUUGAGUCAUUGAAUCUUAAGAUUGAAUCAUUGAGUCCUAAAAUUGAAUCAUUGAAUCCUAAGAUUGAAUCAUUAAAUCCUAAAAUUGAAUAAUUGAAUCCUAAGAUUGAAUCAUUGAAACCUAAGAUUGAAUAACUAAAUCCUAAGAUUGAAAAAUUGAAUUCUAAGAUGGGAUCAAUGAAUUCUAGAUUGAAUCAUUGAAUCCUAUAAGAUUGAAUCAUUGAAUCCUAACAUUGAAUCAUUAAAUCCUAAGAUUGAAUCAUUAAAUCCUAAGAUUGGAUAAUUCAAUUCUAAGAUGGAAUCAUUGAAUUCUAGAUUGAAUCAUUGAAUCCUAAAAUUAAAUCAUUGAAUCCUAAGAUUGAAUUAUUGAAUCCUACGAUGAAUCAUUGAAUCCUAAGAUUGAACCAUUGAAUCCUAAAAUUGAAUAAUUGAAGCCAAACGAGACAAAUGCAUUUCAACUAUCUCCCGCCUAAACCAAAUACUAAUUGUGUGGCUUGGAACAAUUUGCCCUGUGAUCUCAAGAGUUUUGAAACUAUUAACUGCUUCAAAAAUAAUAUAAACGUCACAAUUUCAUCAACUUAAGUCCUAAAGAGUAAAGGGACUGAGUUAAUUUUCAAUAGUUUUAGACCCAAUUCUCAACGGUGGAAAUAUGCACUUUCGGUGGAAAUAUGCACUUUCACAUUAUACUGGUUCUUAUACAACUAUUCAAGUCUUCAUUAUUAUAUGGAACGAUUUCAUUAGACUGCACACAUUUCAAAACGGAAAGCGGUCGUAAAAUGUCGAUCGCCCCACAAGCAGUGGUGCCUAAAUUACUUUGAAUUUGUACUCGAGUAAAAGUAGAAGUAAUUAACAAUAAAACGACUUGAGUAAGAGUAAAAAGUACUGGAAGCAAAACGUACUUAAGUAAAAAGUACAAAGUAUCCUUAAAAAAUACUUGAAGUACAAAGUAAAACUAAAAGUACUAUUGUCUGUAGCCUGUAGAGGGGGAGGGGGACUUCUCCAAUGGAUUGACAUACAAAAGAUACAAAACAGCACACGCAGUAUAUACUUUAUAUGCGUGCACCGAAUAUACGAUAUUUCACGGCAUGGUCUACUUUCCAGACCCCGUUGAAGAUAUAAGAAAUUAAAUAAAUAAUGCUUAUAAGUACGUCACAAACGAAGGAUCCCAGACGCAUGUAGAGGUCGUAUUACCCAUCCCGAAAUUAAAAUAAAUCUGAAAUAAAUCACGUAAAAUUAAACAAAAGUUAGAAAGUAACGAAAUACUUCUCCACAAAAUGAAAAUAACGAAGUAAAACGUUACUUCUUAAAAUGACUUCGUUCCAAGUAAAAGUACUGCAGAAAAAGUUUACUUUGUUACAUGCUGACUUCUCAAAAAUAGUACUCAAGUACAGUAACGAAGUACAUUUACUUCGUUACAUGACAUCACUGCAUACAUGUACAAGUUGCGAAAUGCAAAUCUACCUUAAAUACCGGGUGUCCCCCCAAUAAUCUGGACGCUACUUGAUUUCAUGUAAACGUAAAAGCUAUAAAAGCGAUAAUGCAUUCAGAAAUGACUAACUUCGAUUUUGAUAUAUAGCACUUAAAUUUACAUGCAAUAAUCCAAUAUUGACUGCGCUAUUGAUGUUUGAACGUUGAACUACUGUUUUUGAAAAUGCAAAAAAUUAGCAUAAAACAACACUUAUAACUUGUUUACAUCUUUCAAACGUUGGGGCUUAACUCGAAGAACAAAAUGUUUGACUUUGUUCGAGUUAAGCCCCUAUUUUCUAACUCCAGUUAUGUACUUCGAGUUAAGCCCUCGACGGAAAUGGGUGUGGCAUGGGCGUGACAUGGGCGUGGUCCGGGCUUAACUCGAAAGGGCGUGGUCGGGGCUUAACACGAAGGGCUUAACUCGAGAGGCUUAACUCGAAGAUUUGCUACCCCUCGUCAGAUAUGUAAAGAUAUGUAGAUUCUAUGUUUAGAUAUCUGUAAAUUCACAAGUUAAUAUUCUUGUACUGCUCAAUGUACUGCUGUAGUAAUCAAUAAAUAAAUGUAUCCCUAAGAAAGUUAUUUAAUAAUCGUGAGUUUUUUAAGGUCGUGGAAUGAGGUGUGAAACUUAUGGAGUCAGCUGGAGCGAAAUUGAGGUUGUGUGAAAUGGGAAGAUUGGCGUGGAGUGAGGUGAUGUAAAUUGGUGUGAGGGUGGUUUGAGUUGGUAUGAGGACAUGAGGUGGAGUUUAGUUUUUUUUAGUUUAGGACAUCACAACAGGCUAUUGCCCAAUUGUAGGAGAUGCGAGGUAUGAUUUAACGUCCUUAUCCGAGAAGACACGAACGUCUAACCAUUUACUGAUGUCAAUGUAAAGGUAGCUCUUUCUCUUCAGUUAUUUUAUGACCUUGCGUAGAGGUCCAACAAGAUCUAGAAUAGAACCCGGCUCUCCCAGCUUGAAAGGCAAGCAUGGUGACUACGACACCACGUGUGCUGGUUAAUUAAGUGAGAUGGUGUGAGGCCUGAUGGUGUGAGGUGGUGUGAGUUUUGCAACAAAUUGAUCAUGAUCAUCAUUCAUAAAUUAUCUGUCGCUCACGUCCACCAAUAUAUUCUCUCUGAGUUAGAGUUAAAACCCCUACAGGUUCAGGCCACAAUGCCGACAUCCCAAAGCUGCCAUCAUAUCAAUUAGACUUCAUAGCCCAGCCUUCUUCAACACGAUAUCAAUUGUUACCAAAAUCUUUAUGGGCAAAAUACCAAUAACUCAUUUUCUUGCCCAUGCAUGUGGGGAUUUUUCCGACUUCUCCAAGAUCGACUGAAUGAAUUUAAAAUAUCCAAAAGAUAAUCUAAGCUCGGAUCUAACACUAAGGCUGUUUUGAAACGGCACAAUAAGGUCAUGUCAUCAACAAAAACGUUGGUGAACCAUAAUGCAACAGAUAAAUUUCCCACUCGCUGUUUUCCAACUGAUUUUUAACUGAUCACAAUGUACUGAUUAUAAUAUAGUCGUUUUGAAAUAAAACAAUAUAUUUAAAUGAUUAAUGAUUUAAUGUGAAUGUACAAAGCACUGUCCUAGAUCCGUCCUCGCUCAAUACAACAUGCCAUGUGUUCCCUGUCCCGUGACUCGAUCAUGUGACCUGACGUCACAAUACUAUAUCCCUCCUUUCCUUUUAGAAUAAAACAUUCAUAAUUAACAAUUCAACAACUAAAACUUCAAGUUUGUAUAGGUUUCUGUUGGUUGACGGGAUAACACAUCAGCAGGGUUUGACGAUCCUGGUCGGUAUUGCACUUGGUACAGGUACUGCCGCAUUUGGAGAAGCCAUCUCUCAAUGCGUGGUGGUGGUUUGGAUUUAGGGCUAUAAAUCAGUUCAAGUGGCUUAUGGUCAGUGUAGAGGGUAAAUUCUUUACCUACAAGAUACAAAUGGAAGCGUUUACAGCCCCAUACCACUGCAAGGGCUUCUUUUUCUGUCUGCGAGUAGCGGCGUUCAGUGGGGGUAAGGGUGCGACUUGCAUAUGAAAUGUUGCGUAUGGUGCCAUCCUCUUGUAUCUGAGACAGUAUGGCCCCAAGACAGACAGGACUUGCAUCAACAGUCAGGGUUGUUUCUUUGGCAGGAUCAUAGAAAGCCAUGCUGCAAUCCUCUGCAAUUGCAGUCUUAAUUUUCUCAAAAGCUUGUUGGUGGAUGACAGUCCAUUGCCAUUUUGUUGACUUCUUGGUCAGUUCGUUCAGAGGAGCUGAAAGAGUGGCAAAAUCCUUGAUAAAACGAGCGCAGUAGUUAGCUAAACCAAGGAAACUUCGGAGCUGAGCAACAUUCUGUGGAGUUGUCGUUUUGACUAUGGCCUCAACUUUCUUGGGAUCAGUAGAUAGACCAUCUUUGGACAAACUGUAACGGCCAUAAAACCAUAAACUUAGUUGGUUGUAUUCACAUUUAUCACCAUUCAAUGUUAGGCCCUUGGCAUCUAGGCGUUGGAACAAAGCUUCAAGAUUGCGAUCAUGUUCUUCCUGGGAUUUUCCCCGGGCUGUGGAGUCAUCCGCUGUGUUGCGGGCGCCGUAAGGGCCUUGGGGUGGCUGUUGCGGGGCGUUCUGGGAGCUUCGGGCGCGGGGCGGGGGGUGCCUGGGGGUGGUCGCUUAUGUCGGUGUGGGCCUUCGUGUGUGCAGGUGGUGGUGGCGGGUCUCGGUUCUUCUUCCGGUUCGGUUUGUUGGUGGCCGGCGCGGGGGUCUUGUUUUUUUUUGGGGGGGGGGCGCGGGCGCCGGUCGUGUCCUCCGUGGGCUCUUCCGCGGUGGGGGUGGGGUGCUGUUCUCGGGUUGUGGCUCGGUUGGGUUGUCGGUAAUCGCCACAUACUCUAGUUUCGGAACUGAUUUAUAGCCCUAAAUCCAAACCACCACCACGCAUUGAGAGAUGGCUGCUCCGAAUGCAGCAGUACCUGUACCAAGUGCAAUACCGACCAGGAUCGUCAAACCCUGCUGAUGUGUUAUAAUCUUUUUAGUUGUUGCGUUGUUAAUUAUGAAUGUUUUAUUUCGUCACAAUACUAUACUAUACUGAUAUCAACUAAAACAGGCAGGGGAAAAAGAUACCACCUUGCCUAGUAGCAAUAUACCACUUGUCACAUAAAAACUUGUCAUAGAAAACUUGCUCGUCUGUAUUACUGUAACCGGCUUAACAUUACAUCAAUUCAUUUAUACACCGAUACGAUCAAAAGCCUUGCUAAUGUCAAUAUAACGUGUCUAAUAUUAUGCUGUAAUAGUAAUUUAAAAGGGUUUUUAAAUAUUUUAUUGUAUUUUUUUAUUUCUAUUGUAUUUUUCCUCGAUCUCUUUCCUCGUGGAUCCGUUAUACCUUUUCAGGCGCAAUAACACUUAUGCCAUCGUUCUUUGUAAUUACGUCAUUUUCUAUUAGGCCACUCCAAAUUAGACAUUAGUUUCCCGUCCGGCCCUUAUUUCAAAUUACACGCGGGCGGGCGGUCCAUUUCCAUUAUCCAUUAUGGUGUCUGAAAGAUGAAACACGGCCCAUUAUUUCAUGAAAUAGAUACUCGUUUUAAAUAUCCAUUCAGUCACGUUUCUACGCAAUGUUUUAGAGUUUUUGUAUGCAGAAAUGAAAGCCAGGAUAUUAACCUCAUCGGUUUUGACGUUCAAAAAUCAAAACUUGUAACGGAAGAAGUGUGUAGCUCAGCAGUUCGUAGUGAAAACGGAAAAAAAUUCACGCUCUUUGAUAAAAGUUUCAAGAAUUUUAUUUCGAUUUUUACGUGUUGUAUCAUAAAUAUGUAUUUCUUGAACGAUAGAUUAUUUGAAAACUGUGGUUUUCGUAAUUGUUUGUCACAAAAGUCAAAUAAUGGAAACAACUUCGCAAUAAUGGACAAAUCAUGCGGCCAGUUCUAGGAGACGCGGGCGGAGGACGGGAAACUAAAGUCUAAUUUGGAGUGGCCUUACAUCGACCCCUUAUAGUUGUUGUCCCGAAGGCUAAACACGUUUACGUAAAUCAACCUCAAUGUUUGACUGUUCUUUAUCAUUCGUAUUACGCAGGAAUUAGCGCUGACCUUUGCGUAGGUUUAAAAAUACGUGGAUUAAGGUAAUUCCGCAGUUUUGCAUUGCGCACUUUUACGGCGCACAUCUUAUAACUUAUAAUUUCAUCCAUUAUACGUUCAUUUUAUGACAAUUUUAUGUUAUCUUUGGUUAAAUUCAUGCAAAGAAUUACGUUAAAAUAAAUGUUUUCAAAAAAGGCAUGCAAAAGUGUAGCUAGGGUUCCCUGUGGGCUGUGUCUGUAGUAUAUAUAUUUACUUGUAUUUCACGUUUUAAUGCCACAAUUUCCUAAAAAGAUCGGUGACCCCCGUUUUUUAACUGAUAAUUUAUUUCUUUAAUGCAUUUUACAUUUCAUAUCCGAAAUUAAAAGAAAAAUCAUUUCUGGAUCUUGAAAAAAAAAACUUUAUCAAUGCAUGUUCUCAAAGAAAGAUAUGUAAAGAAAUGUGGAAAAGACAUUUGUGAAUCAGAAUUGUACACGUUAGUGGUUUCAUUUUGCUCAAAACACAAUAUUUUUUCAAAAAUAAUUACAGGAUAGGUUUACGCCAUAUUGGAGUAAAGGUGGUAUAUUGUGAUUGUCAUAUCUUCUUAACGAGUUCGGUGACCCCAUGCAACCUUGUUCAUGUUGUGUGAUUUUACUUUAAGUAUAUCAUAAACUCCAUGCCUUGGAAGUUUCAGCACAUUCUCAUUUCGGGACCAAUUUCUGCGGAAUUACCUUAAGCUGUCGGAAAAGAUCUCAUUUUAUAAAUGCAUGAACCUUCGUCUUCCCAUGGAUAAUAAAAUAAAUGGAUAGGAAACUAGCUGACGUGACCUAAUGUUUUUACUGGGAUUAAUGGCGUGGUUGGAUGCCUCAACCUAGUUGAAAAUCAAAUUCUCAAAAACGGCAUGUUUAGCAAUAAUACAGCUAAACAUUUUAGUCAAAGAGCAAAUAAAUGUAACCACGCCAUUCUACGAUGAAAACUUUAAGUAUUCCCAGUCAAUUUUAGCAAAUAUUUCAAGCACUAAACAGUGAAAAAUACAUCACAAAUUUCGUUAAAAUUUGUGACGAAAAACAUUUACCUUGACUACUUUGUCGUGGCUUAGGCAUGCUUUUAAAACAAUUAGACCAGUUUAUGCUUCAAUAUCACCCUUUUAAAGUGGAAAAUAUAGCAAAACAAACAAAGCUGGGAAAUUUGUUGUCGCUGUGCAGAGAAAUUGCUGGCGCACGCGAUAUUUUACAAAUAUUCGAAAAUUUGAAAAAACAACACGAGUGAAAUUUCAACUGAUGAUUUUGCAUUGUUAAGACGGCGAUCAAGGAAAUUAAAUUGUUGGAAAAACUUCACUAACAUCUCAAGUAUGGAAAGCAUCUACAUUACCAGAAAUUUAAUUGUGGAUUGAUUCAAAAUUCAGGCGAUAAAGUUACAUAGCUAGGAGUUGGCUUUUGUGCUUUUCGAAUAUCAGUUUUCAUUCGCGGAUUACCAUAACUUGUUGCCUCAUGGAUGCCAAAAUCGAUAUAAACGUAAACUGCUAACCAAGAGCUAUAAAACAAAUAGCUUUUCAAAAAGAUAAACUUUAUUCAGUCAAAAGGAUGAGGAUAAAUAAACAUCCUACUGCGUGAUAGUGAUUUCGAAGCAACUUUGUCACAUAUAUUUUAAAAAGUGUGAUAAUGAAUCAAAUUUUGCUUUUUGCAAUCCCGAAAAGGUAUGAAAAUUAUUUAAAUAUUUAAGGUUUCCAUGUUUCUAAAGUAUUUCUUUGAGAAAAGUAAAAAUUUUCCCGAUAAAAAAGCAUAGUUUCUGCAGAAAACUGUUUUCUGAUAGAGAAGGUCCUGGGGGAGGGGGUGUAGAAGCGUGCGCGGAUAGCAAAAAACCUUGACGUUUCCUCCAAAAAAUUAAUACCAAAUUUUGUUUUGCCUUUGUUUGAUAUGUAAUUUAAACAAGUUUCUUUACAUCUAAAAAUUGCCCCUAGUGGUCAAAACUUGGAUUAGGUUCGCAGUAUUGGCCAUUUGUUUACUUUUUGGGAUCAAAGUUUGAGGUCCAAUUAUUUUUAAAGUUUGCAAACUACCCAGCUAAUUCUUGGCUGUUGUUUGCAGUCUUGUAUGCUGAUUAAAAUAUAGUUUAGUCCACAAUAGUAGAUCCUUUCAAUGAAGGGAAAUUCAAAAUAGUAUAUGUGAUUACUUUUACAGCAGGUCAAUUUCACAUGAGACAUUGAAAAUGGCAAAAUUGCAAAAUGCAACAUUAUGUGGUGCUAACCACAUGUUUCCAUAGUUAACACAUUGGAUUAUCAUAAACCAAAACGAAUUUUGACCCAUGCCCACUCUGCGGCAAACCGUCGAAUCUGCACUUGUUUGUUGCUAUUGUUCUGUGGAUAAAGUGUGUUUAUUUAAAAUAAUUAUAACUCAGUCACUUUAACUUUGAAAUAAGUUAUAUUUCUUAACAAACACAGUCUAAGGUUCACAUAUCAUGAUGACAAUGUUAGAUCAGACAAUAUCCAGUGUUGCUGUGAUUUAUGGUGCAUCGAAGUUUGGGUAGGAGAAAUGUAAUGUCCGCAACAAAAGAACAAUUCAAUUUAUUUUUCAGCCAAAUGUCUAGCUCUUUUGACAUUAUAUUUGUGCUGCUUUUUUAAAAUGGUAUUAACAUUAUUUAGACUGCAAAAAGACAAUAAAAAGUAUUAACAUGUCUUGAAUAAUGUGUUGCGGACAUUACGUUGCAGACAUUACAUUUUUGAAAUUGGAGAAUUAGAUGCUUAUAUAAUUGUCUUGCUUGAGUUCUAUAGUUAUUUUAAGCUUGAUGACUUAAAAAUAGAACAUUAAAAGGACUAUGGGACCCUUACUUUUAAAUAUAAUCACUCCGUGCUGUAUACACAAUCACAGUGACACAAUUCAUCAUGGAAAGUUUCCAAGUUACAUAUAAUGCCACUACCGUAUACUGCCAUUGUACCAUCAGUUUUGUAAGGCAUAUGUUGUUAAGAGCAAAAUCAUGUUUUAAUUCAUGUUUGUUUUGAUCAUCUUCCACUAAACCCAGGGGUGUUAAUUAUCCUCACCAAAUGUAGUAAAUGCAAAACUGUCACAUAGAAUGGUCUACAAACAUGACACUUUAUUUGCUGCACAACCCAAGUCAUUGUCUGAGUCUAUGCGCAACAAAUAUUGCACUUUUGAAAGAUAUUAUUGUCAACAGAAGAUAAAAUACUGUAAUAUAUGUGACCAUGAUUUCAUCCCAGGAUUUAUGGUGGUAUACACAUGGGCAUACAGGAAGGAAAAAAUUAGGGGGAGGAAAGAAAUUUGCCUGACUUUUUCGGAUUGUGCCCGCGUUGUUAAAAAAAUUUCCGGAGAAACUUUCCAAAAUUGUUGUCGACGUAGAAUUCCUAUUAGAUAGAUAGCAUAUUUCCCACACAAUUGACAGAAUUCCCCACAAAAUUGACAGAAUUUGUCUCAUUUAUUUUUAUAAUAAGCCAAUAUUGCCCAAGUGUGAAGCGAAUAUUGCCCGACUGGCUUUGUUUGCUCCACCCCCCCCCCCGGCCGGUACGCCCAUGGGUAUACAAAUGUAAAUAGAAUUAAGCUAGAAUGCCUGUUAUGUGGACUAGAAACAUUGAAGUGCAUAAUCAGUCGCCCAGUUUUGUUUUCCUAUCAUUUUUAAUACAGAUUGCUAUACAAUCCCAAAAAUGUAAUGUCCGCAACAGUUUCAGUGUAAUGUCCGCAACACAAACUUUGCACUAUAAAAGCUGCGCAAGGGCAUUGUAGAACAUCUCGUUUUCAUAUUUUUUAACCCCAAUUAUCACUGACAGCAGGAAGUGUUUUAGUUCCUUUGAUACCUUUCAAAGUUCACAGGAAAUUACAUUUUAAAAACAUCACUUCAAUGUGUGGUUGAUUUUGCUGUAAUGUCCGCAACAGUACUUUGACUUUUUAUUACAAGAAUUGAUUACGAGGGAAUUUUGUUUUAUUUUAUGAAAUCUUAAGAGGUCCCCUUAAGGUUUUCUAUGACAAAGUUCCCAGGAAACAGAGCAUGUUUUGUAUUAAUUGUUUUUCUGUGAAUGCAAUGUCCGCAACGUGAAAUUGCCCAGCACUGUCAUUACAUAGGUAGGGUGUAAUGCCAGGCCAAAUUGCAAAAAAAAUUACCGAUUCCUCCAAAUUUAAAAUCUUAAUUUUUUGCUCCCAAGGCACAUAGGAAACAUAAUUUAACAAUGAAUUUUGUUGAAAAAUUGCCCCUUUGCGUCUAAUUUCGCUUUGAAAUGCGUGUGUUUACUGCUCUUGUAUGAAGCAAGAGUUUGAAAACAUUCCGAAGUACUGUAAAAUGUAAUGAAAUCGACAACUUGACCUUGCCCUUGAGACCUUGUACUGCUAGAUCAGUGGUACUGCCUCAGCACUGAAAUGUUUUUUGACAACGAUAAUUUACCAGUGUUUCUUGAAUAUUUUCCUUGUUUAACUAGUAGAACCGAACGUACAAGUGCAUCAGAAGACUAAGCGAGAGUUUUGUGUAGAAAUGCUCUGUUUACAGGAAGUUAUUUUGCAUUCGCAAGCGUCAACAAAACUGCGGCAUCAAGUUCACAGUUUGAUUAUCAUAGCGAUAGAUAAAAGCUUUGGAAAUUCAAUUGAAAACAUUUUAAACCACCCGUAUUUGUAUAGAAUAUAUGUUAAUUGUAUUAACAUUGAACUUCUUUCUGUUUGAAUCCAAAGUUGUACUUGUUUUGCGUUUGACAAGGCUGUCAGGCCUUUUUAAUAUACCUCAGUCAGGCAUGACUACAGAUUUCAAAUAGCAUGUCAAAUGUCUUCUUGUUUGUGUCAAGAUUAUAAUAUUCUAUUGCUGUUCAAACGAGAUAUUCUACACACUGGAAACAUAGAGUACAUUUUACUUUGUCUUUGUCUCAAGGAAAAAAGUAUAAAGAUUAAACAGGCAUUCAAAAAUAUACAACAACCACGAACAUCUCGUAAUAUUUCUUCGGGGAAAUCUUCAAGUUUCAAUGGAAAUCUGGCGCAUGCGCAACAAAUUUCCCAGCUGUUUAAUAUUGCCUCAAAUUUCAAUUUUACACAAACUUUUUCCGCUACGUGGAAACACUUACAAGCAUGAUCCAAUAAAAAAGCUUAGGGUCGGGAUUUCGACGUCCAAAAGCUAGGUAGGGUCGGGAAACCGGAAACCCACAUAUAUUUUUUUUGGCCUAACCCCAAAAAUGUUAUUAUCCACUGUGAUAUUGAACAACCUGGAAAGAAUACUAUAAUCAAAAUCCUAGAAAUUGUCGAUUUAGUUAAACAAAAACAUCCGAACUGUAUCCUCAUUAUUAUCAGGAAAGUAUGAACUCAACAACAAAGUCCCAGCCAUUAAUGUAGAACUUAAAAUUCAACAUUCCUCCAAAGAAGUACUUGAACAAAAGGGGUGUUAAAAAACUGCAAAAACGGCCUGAGAUGUAAGUAACCAUCUGAAAGAGGAUAUAAUUUUAUACUACAUAUGUAGUUUUAAGAAAAUCCUAUAGAAUACCAGGCAAGAUUUUUACAAUUAAAAGGACAGUCCUGUUUGAGUGGGAUUUUCGUUCAUUUUCAGGCUUGCAACACUUACCUGUAAGUAACCAUUUGAAAGAGCAUACAAUUUUAUACUAUAUAUAAAUUUUAAGAAAAUUGUAUAGAGUAGCGGGCGCAAAAUCUGCAAAUUAAGUGCAGGAAGUUCCUCACAACGCAUAUAAUUAGGUUAGUAUAUCAGAUGUGCAUAAUACAGUCCAAUUUGAGUGGGGUUUUCAUUCAUUUUAAGGCUUGCACCACUUAUGCGUAAGUAAACCAUUUGAAAUGGAUAUAAUUUUAUACUAUAUAUGAAAUUUUAAGAAAAUCCUAUAGGUCUAGCAUAGCGAGGCACCUACAAACAAUUUGAAAUGGCCCAAUCCACUUCCACGCCCCCAAUUUCCAUCCUUUUGGUCUGCGCAGGAACACUGUUUCCCCUGGGGUGAAUGGGCACCAUGUGCCAUGUCUGUUCAUUACAUUUCCUGUUUUUUUCUUACUUCCUCAUUUUAAAGUGUUCUUUAUAAAACUAAACUGCCUUUAAUUAAAUGGCUUUAUUGAUAAACUUUGAGUUCGCAAUAAAAUGAUUUCAAAUUCUCGCAUGCAAAUAACUUUGCUUUCUUUUUUAUUUAAAAAAUUUAAUAUAAUAAAAAAGGGAGUCAAUAUUAAAAAUACACUGAAAUUAUAUGCUGUCUUGUUUAGUUGUUUCAUAUACGCAAAGGCCGUCGGGUUUUAAAGCAAUUAUAAAAUCAAUAUUUAAAACAAAUUUACCUUUGUUAACGUUGGCUCCCUUCUUUUAGCCAAUUCCUUCACCCUUUCUUUCUGAGAAAGCUUUUGAAAUUUACAAAAUCUUUCAAAAAUGCGAGCAAAAAUGAAAUAUAUUUGCAAGAAAUCUGUCAAUCAUCAAAUCAAAAAAUAUUUGCUAUUUCACUGUCGUUAUAAUGCAAACUUUAAAUUGGUCCAAUCGGUGUCUGCUAUUCAUGAUAGCCCUCCAUAUUUUUGAGAUCAGUGAGGAUGAUCACCCAUCCAACACCGUUGGUCACCCAUGCCCACGAUUAUUGAUGAACUUUAGACUUCGCUAAUGCUUUCGUUUCCCUGGGUGUAAAUAGCCGGGGGGAAUUAGUACCCUCGCACGGCGCUUCGCGCCGUCGGCUCGGUAAUGAGCAAAUAGACAGUUUUUCAGUAUCCUUUCAUCAGAAGGGACAUAGCUUUUAUCUCCCAAUUCCUCCAUAAAAAGUUUGAACACAUAACCACACAACUUUAGAGGAAGAUAAAUGAUGGGAAGUGGAAACUGAAUCCAGAUCUGUCUCCAUUCUUCAAAUAAGUGUGCCUCAUCAAUCACACUCAUAACAACAUGAUGCUGAAGACUGCUGGACAUCAGAACUUGUAGACCUUCUCUACAUGAAAUGAAUGCCUCAGGAUGGGCAAAGAUUAUCUUGAAGUUCUCUUUCUCGAUACUUUCCUUGGUUUUUUCAUCAGUAAACAACUGCAGGGAUUGAAUUUCUAGUGCCUCUUCAUUAUCACUUUUGCCCUCCGAUGCAUUAUUUUCGGAAGACAUAAUCGUGGUGGUAAAAACAGAAGCUUCAAUUCCACGAUUUUUAAAUAUCGAUGUUUGAUUGCUAAUUAAAGAAUUUAAAGGUGUGAUGAUUAGAAUCUUUAUAACUUUAUUGGGAAAUUAACAAUAAUGAUAAAUAGGUAUCACCCAAAAGGAAAAGUGCAAAACGAGUCAGAGAAAGCCCAUGCAAGGCACCUCCCUUAUAAACUUUACAAUUAAAUUUACAUUACACUAUAAAUUAUAGUUGAGGUAAAGCUCGAUUUGUGAAUACCCAGAACUGAUCUCCCAAAUACAUAAAACGCAGAUUUUUGAAAAUUUGUACAGAAAAUAAAACUAACUUGGUUUUGAAUACAUGUGACUUGGGCAUGUACACAAAAUGAACUUUGCUUCAAUCAAAGAACUAUACAUUAUUUUAAUUUCUGUGACAUGGGCAGUCCCAAACAAGAGACCAGGUACAUGGUAUGUCUGCAUCAAAAACUGAAUUACGUAAAAACGAAUAAGUCAGAUGAAGAAAGUUCUUAAAAGUAAAUGUCACGAAGCUAUUAGGUGACGCAGUUCUACACCCUGCAUUCCAUAAAUGAACUGUUCGAUUAAAGUAAGAGUUUUUAAAUGUAGUUGUUCUAUGUAACAGCACUUUAAGUAAUACACUAGGAUUUAAGGUUAGUCGAGAACGAUCAUGACUAAUAAAACUAAUACAAUUGCAAUACAAUGAACGCCAGAUUUUGGUUUCCAUCAAUAAAGGACAUGUUCUCUUUAGGCGACCAAGCAUCUUGUUAGCCUUUAGCUGUUACACAAGAGAUUGUCUGUAACGAUGAUGCUAAGAUCUUUUUCCUUCCGAACGCAAAGCAACAAGGAUGAGCCCAGAUGAUAGUUGUAACUCACAGGAAUUUUCUUUUGAGUCAUGCUCAAAACCUUACAUUUUGAUGUGUUGAACUUUGUUGUCAAUGACUGUCAGUCGUAGGGUUGAUGUUUCCAAACAACUUUGUAUCAUCAGCGUACAUAGCUUCUGAAGAGCCAUUGGAUAUUACUUCUGGAAGAUCGUUUAUGAAGACAGCAAAAAGUAUCGGACCCAAGAUACUUCCUUGUGGCAUGCCAGAGAUAACAGGAACACAGCUUGAUGGGACACCUUCGACAACAACUUUUUGGGUACGUCCACUUACAUAAUUAUGAAACCAGCCGAGAAGACACCCUCUGUAAUGCCAUAUGACUUCAGUUUCCUUAGAAGUAUUUGAUGAUCUACAGAAUCAAAAGCUUUGGCAAAGUCAAGUACAGUGGAUAUGUAGAAGCUCUUUGGAUGGCUCCAAAAGCACACAAAGCAAAUUGCGAGGGGACAAUUAUCUUGAAAUGGAUAAUAGUUUGACCAGCCCCAUUUUAGCUGUACAGUAUUUAGUCCAUUUAAUUUACAACAAAGAAUCUGCUUAUAUGGAACUGAGUUACUAGGCUAGCCAAGUAAUAUAUCUUGCUUUGUCUUGCCAAUAGAAGGAGGUAUAGUUAUUUUAACCCACUGACUGGCCCAAGUAUGCAAUACUUUGUUAUUUUACCAUGUAUAAUGACAUAUGUUUUACAUGUCAAGUGGAGAGUCUCGCCAAUUAAAGCAUUAAACUUGAAAAAGAAUUUGUUAAAAGGUUUGAAUCCAGGUUCAUUCAUUUUUUGUUUGUUUUAUUGUUUUUCUAGAUUAUUCUUCUUUUAUUAUUUUUCUGAUUCGAUUUGUUUUUUAAGUCUUUGAAAAUGGUCUUCAUAUAGGAAACCGAAACGUCAGACAAAACUUAUUUAAUUUUGUGAUAAUCUAGAAGAACAAUAAAACAAACAAAAAUUGAAAAAGAAUAUUAAUAAGAAUACAAGAUAUGGUAAAGAUACAAGAAUAUCUUCCCUCUUGAUGAUUUAUGUUAUUUUAGCUUGUAUUUGUAAUAUUUACAAUGCACAUGCAUCUAUGGUAUAAUACAAAGAGUUUACAUGGCAAAUAUAGUUGGCCAAAAUCUCAGCAAGGAAGGUAGGUUACUAGGUUUAGCUCUAAUGGGCUGGUUAUAAUUUUUCAAUUUGUACAAUAGUUGAGAUCUAUGUAUUAAUGCCAAAUAAAUUGUAUUAAACUAAACUCUAAGGAACCAGAAGUCUGCCAUGUAUUCAGAAAUUGCUUAGGUGGGUGGGUCUAUGGGUAGCCAAAAAUUAUACAAAAAGCUUUAGGUCCACAACAUGUGGAUGGACUGAUAUAGACAGCAUCCCUGUUUGGUCUUGGUUAAGUUUUGACCAAAGUUUUUCUCUCAAAUAUAUUUAACCGUUUUACAGCUGUUUUAAGAAGCUGUGAUCGUCCGAGCUUUGAACUCGCUUGGCUGGCUGGCACAUGGUCAUCAUCGUCAUCUAGUGGUAUUACAGGCAUUCGCCCUCAGUAGCUGUACCUGACCUAUCAUAUGAUAUGGUGGUGCUGAUUUUGUGUACCCAUUUGAUCUUGAGAUACUCCGGGAUUUAGAACAUCUGUUUGGCCUUAAAACAUGGCAGAGAAUUGCUUUAACAUUUGCGGAGCCAUUUAUGCCAAAAUCGCUGAAGAAAGUUUUGCAAUAAAACCUCGAUUGGCCACUACGACCUGAACAAGGUCCAUCCUACCUUCCAUUGUGUCUUCACGCAUCGAUGGAUCAGGAUUAAUAACAUUUUCCAAUUCUGAAAUAUUUUCUUGCUUCACCACGCUUGAGUGAACAAAAAAGACAAGCAGAAGGCGCAGGUCAGCGGUGAUGUUAGGAUGGACUAAGAAGAUUAUUUUUAUUUUGUUAUAGUUUAUAUACUUUAAAUUCACUGUAAAUAUGUUAAAAAGGAGUGAACAAUAAAGAUAAUGCAUUGUUAAAUUGAGUCGAGUAUCUCGAAAUAUAAUCCAUUUUAGAGAAAACAUUCCAAUCUAUAUUUUGUGAUAGUAUUCAGCUUGCCUUCCAGUAGGCAUGGUUCACUACGAUCGAAAGCAAUAGGUCAUUAUUUCCCUCUCAAACUUUACAAAAUUAUUGGGGGGGGGGAGCUGAUUCCCCUUCAGCCCCCCCCCCCAAAUCUCAAAAGCCCUGUGGUUAUUUACAUUUACAUUUACAUCCUUUAUUAUCUUUCUCCAGUAGGGCUUUUCAAUGACAAUUUACAGUUAAAAUAAAAUAUUUGCAACUAAUACAAUUACAUAAUAAUAUAUGAUACAAAUUCAAAACUAUUCAUGUAGGAACUCAUGCAUUAAUUUAACUAUUCAUGUAGGAACUCAUGCAUUAAUUUAGAUUUUAAAUUCUUUUUAAAAUGAAAACAUUUUUAGAUAAUUUAAGGGACAAGUCUAAUUCGUUCCAUAGUGUAACUAUCCUAUAAUAAAAGGUCCUUUGUCCGCUGGCUGUUUUAAAAAGAGGAAUAUUUAAUUUUUGGGAGUUACGGGUGGUACAGUUACUAAUUUCUACACGUUUGACAAAUUUAGUAGAAAGGUAUUCAGGAGCACAACCUGUCAUGCAUUUAAACGCCAUUAUAGCGCAGCGGUAAUACAGUUGUUUUGCCACUGGGAGCCAUUUCAAUUCUUUUAGCAGUGGCGUGAUGUGAUCGUAUUUGCAUGCUCCGCAAACAAUACGAUAAGCAAAAUUUUGAACAGCUUGGAGUUUCUGGAUGUUCUUCUGUGACGUGUUCGCCCACACAUUAGAGCAAUAAUACAACUUACUAAAAACUAAAGCGUUUAUAAUAGUUAAUAGAGUUUUAUCGUCAAAGACAUGUUUGACACUGUUUAUCUGUGCCAGGUAAGACAUACAUUUGGAAACAGUUUUUAUAACGUGUUUGUCGUAUGUAAGGUGAGAAUCCAAAAUAAUACCCAGGUCGUUGGCUGUAUCAACAUACUUGGUUUCCUUCAAAUUUAAACUUUAGCAGACCUAAUGUAAAGACUAAUUAUGGAAUGCACACUUUUCGUUAUGUCUUGUCAAAAAUUCAAGAAUCAUUAAAUAAUGGUAUAAAACAAUCCAACUCAAUUACUACCAUUUGCAAUCUUCCAUGAACCAUGCCCAAUUAAUGUAUUUGUUAACGUUUCUAUCGAUGACAGUUGAUGACCCUAAUUGGACUAUUUGACCUUGAAAUGUCAUUGUUUGAACACGCUAAAAGUGACUUUUAGACAAACCCACAUUGAGUUUUACUGCGUGCUUGUUGAGUCACCAUCUCAAAAUUUAGUUGAAAUAAUCUCUGAAAGUUGUGUUACAGUGAAAACUGUUAAGAUUAAAAAUUAUAACAGUAAUGAAGAAUUCUAUCAGAUGUCAUUUGAUUAAUUCAGAAACGAUAUCAAACGUUUUGUUGGUGGUAUAGUACAUUAUUGUCAGUGAUCUCCCCCGCUCCUUUAGUGAGGACAUGGGUGUGAGUUGAACAUUUGACGGUAAAGCCAUGAGAUCAACAGAAUGACCAUGGGGACCCCCAAAGAGCGCUUGAACAUGCUUCCAGUAUGGCAAAGAGAGGCGGCUGCCACUCCAAGACAGUGUGUGUGUUGUCAUUGUGGAGUGUUGAGGAGAUGUGGAGCCAUUGAUCAUAACGCUCAUGUAAUUGUCCUGCUACAAAACUGUUGGGGUCAGGAAAUGCAAGGAAACUGACAUCGGCAGUUUGAGAACCAAAUAAAACAUCCUCAAUGAAGGUUUGGGGCAAGUGCCGGUUAUAUGCUGUUAUCUCCUGGGACUGGCUAAUAGACUGUCCUGCGCAAUUGACCUGUUGGAUGUUAUGUAAGGAUACGGACAACAGGUAAAAAUCCAGUGUAGCUUGCCAGUCCGGAAUCGCAAUCUGAUGAACCUAGAGAAGGUUCAAGAUGGAGGAAUCAAUCCCAGGAGAUGACAGCCUGAGAAAUCCGAGUAACGAUUAGAAUCCCUUUCAGGACUGUCAGCAGAAGAUGGAAAUAAAACAGAAGGAAACACACGGUUGUUGGUUCAAUAUAAUUGGCCAUCAAACAAUUGAAUAGGUAAUGAGUUUUAAACUAAUGAACACGAGUAAAUUGAUAGGUCUAAAAAUUGUAAAUAUGUUUGUUGUUGGUAUAAUUAAAUUGUUUACAGCCACUGAAUUCCAUCAGAGAAGCAAACGGAAAUCAGAGAUUAAAGCAGUGGUUUCAGAGGUAGGUAGUUGUGAGAAGCAGCAUUUGGAAUACAGGUUAACAGCAUCAAUUGGCAAAAUGUCCUAGAUACCCACACUUGUAGGAUCGAGGCGCAGGUGGACAGGCCUGGAGGUCCUGGCAGGAGAUGCUGUGCAUAAAGAUUUCUCAACUUUUGCAACAGACUCCAAAACCUUUGUGUACUCUUUAUCGGCGAAUAACGCAAUGAAGAAGGCUUUGAAUUCUUUCGUUGAGAGACCCAUAUGUAUACAGAUUUCCUGUAAGGCUGCUCUGUAAAAACCAGCAAUUUUGUGUUGAGUAUCUUGGGCACAAUAUGUAAGUGCUUGGGCUAAAGCAUCAUAUUUGUCAAAAUCUACAUAGUCCUUAGUAGCAAGGAUAUGAAUCUUUUGGAUGAUUGACUCAAGCGAUGGUUGAUUUGACUCUUCAAGAGCCUUGAUGCGAGCUGUGAAAGUAGCAAUUUCAUCAGCCUACAGGUCAGGAGAAAAGGACAAGUGAGACUGAAACCAGAGGGGAACAGGAUAUAUUGUAUAUUAAAUGUCAAAGUAAAUGUAUAUGCUGCAAAUACAGAGCGUAACUAUUAACCUGCCUGUUAUAAAUCAAAAGGACAAUGACAGGGGUAAAUGAACAACCAAUAUUUAUAAGCAGGAAACAAAAUAUGGGGAGGACUAGAUUGGUAACGUACCAAUAUAAAGGAACAGGACUAAAUAGUUAAGCCGUGCACAUAAAAGGUCAAAUAAACUAGAAAUAUAGAUAGCAACAGGACGAUACUGUUGACCUGCGCCGAUAAGAUCAAACAAAGUAUAUAUAUGCAGGGCCAAACUGUUAACCUGCCUUAACACAGAAACAAGAUAUAGCAACAUGACUAAACUGUUAACCUGUGCUAACAAACAGCAAAUAAACUGUAUCAUAAAAAUUAUAGUAUGUGCAGGGCCAAACUGUUAACCUGCCUUAACACAAUGAAACAAGACAGCAACAGGACUAAACUGUUAACCAGUACCGAUAACAUCAAACGAAAGUAUAUAUAUAUAUGCAGGGCCAAACUGUUAACCCACCGUAACAAAGAAACAGGACAUAGCAACAGGACUGAACUGUUAACCUGUGCCGAUAACGUCAAACAAGUAUAUAUAUGCAGGGCCAAACUGUUAACUUGCUGUAACAAAGAAACAAGACAUAGCAACAGGACUAAACUGUUAACCUGUGCCAAAAACAUCAAACAAUAUAUAUAUAUAUAUAUAUAUAUAACAAAAACAAAACACAAGCGGGAAUAAGGUAAAAGCAAUAAAUAGAUAAAUGUUGUCAAUGUCUGCUACAGACAGGCAGGGACAGAUGCAUUAAACAUAGGAAAAGCGUUCUGGUAUUGAUGAAUGCUUUUCCUAUGUUUAAUGCCAUCUGUCCUUGCCUGUCUAUAGCAGACAUGACAACAUUUAUCUAUUUAUUACUUUUACCUUAUUCCCACUCGUGUUUUGUUUUGAUUAUUUUUUGUAGUAAUUGUCUUAGCUACCUGUAUAUUUUUUAAUUAUUAUAUUCUGUAAUGAGAUUUACAUAUUUUGUUUACACUUUGUUAUGAUUAAAUCCAUCUAAUUGGUUUAUUUUUUGUCAUGUGAUGCUUUCAUACUCUUAGUAUAAAAGCCUAUGCAUCCCCCCCCCCCAACCCUGCUACUAACUCUUGACAAAGGGCCUUCGCUCGAAACGUUGAGUUUCUGCUUGUUUUUUAAGGUAGUAAUAUAACCACUCAGCACAACAUUUUCACACACUAUCUACACUGGUACAGACAGUUUUAGUAUAUGUACAGGACCAAACUGUUAACAGAACUAAACUGUUAACCUGUGCUGAUAAAGAGCAAAGAAAGUGUAUAAUAUAGUAUAUGCAGGGCCAAUUAACUGUUAAGAAAGAACAGUACAUAUAGCAACCUGCGGCUGUGUUCGUAAACAUCAGAGAAACGAUAUGUAGAAUUGCAGGGACAAAUUUGAAUUGUUAAAAUGAGGGCAAUAACUUACACAACAACAAGGGUAAACUGUUAACUUGUGUUAAUAAACUGUUAAUCUAUUUAAAGAUAAAACUUACUGACCGUGGCAGAGCUGUGUUGUAAGCGGGGCUUAAUAUAUUAGAAUAACAAAAUAAAAUAUAUUCAGGGUCAAACGGUUAACGACUAAAGGAAAGAAUCGAAAAUAAGGUAAAGACAUAACUUAAAGUAAACUAAGUCACAAAGGGGACAAAAUUGUAGUCGAAGAAUGAAAGAUAUAGAAUCUUGGUGAAAGCGAUAGAGCAAUUAAUUUUACUUUGAGCAAACACAUUUGAAUGUAUAAAAGCAGCAUGAUAAUUUGCAUUUCAGACAAAGGUUACUAAGGCAUUGGACAAAGGAAACUAGGUGAGGCUUUUGGCUCAAAUAUUUACCAAUUUACCAAUUUCGAUUGAAGUGCAUAGUACUGAAAGUAAUAGUACAUGUAAAGGUAGACAAAUACAUAUAAAGAAUGAUACCGCAGGCUUAGCGGAAGUCAGUUGUUGGCUCCCUCAACAGGAUCGAUAAUUGCGGUCGGAUCAUCAUUUGGCUGAUUAGGAGGUUCAUCAUUUAGUGCUGGUGAAGUCUGAAGCAUUGUGAUGUCAGCAGAUGCAAUAGUACUGGCUGCAUGGAUCACUCGAGGCAGUGAAGUUGGUCAUUGUACCUCUGGAGCAUGUAAGACAGUUGUUGUCUGGUUGGCAGUUGCACAAAGACUGUAGUGAUGAGAUAUGGAUUCUCCAUUAUAUACGUGGGUGAGACCACUGACAAUAUUUCUUGUUGGCAAUCAAGUUCAAAUUGAAUGUUGCGAUCACAAAGUAACUUUGUGACAAUGACCAAUAACUCAGAUCUUCAAGAAGCAUUGCGGUGCUUGGCUCCACUACACAAUACAGAUAACACUUUUAGAAUGGUUAUUAAAAUGGACAAAUCGACGACUCCUGCAGCAUUUGAACAUAUCCGCUUAAAGAGUGCCCCAAGAAAAAGAAAUUUCCAAACAUCUCUUGGUUAUUUAGUUACCCUUGGUAAUCUAAUUAUUCUUGGUAAUCUAGUUAUCAUUGGUUAUCUACAAUUAGUUUCAAAAGUCUUGGGUCAGAUGCCACAAAACCUUUGAAUUUCAACAUACGCCAGUGCACUUAUUGACAACAUAUUUUCCAACAACUUCGUAAACCACGCUUUUAGUGGUUUAUUCUUUACAGACAUCUCGGAUCAUUUCCCUGUCUUUUCUGUUCUCAUGGAAGAAGUGAAAUGUGAGAAUAGGAAUUUGUGUUAAUUUGUUUGUGAUAAAAAUCAGGGACGCCGGAACGAUAAUAGGGCAAAGGGGGGCGGAUGCACACCAAGGGCACCUUUACUGAAAAAUUUUUUUUCACUGCAAAAUUUUUUGGCGAACUCCCCCCCCUGUCGCCAAAAAAAUUUCUGUCAGUGUACCAUUUUAGGGGCCAAAAAAUUUUUCCGGACAUACAAAAAUUUUCCGUGAAGCCAAAAAUUUUUCAGGAUAUCUUAAAUCACCAUUUCUUCAAAAUAUUUUUCUAAAUUCCAAAAAUUUCCCAAAAUUUUUAUAAAUAUAAACUAUAAAUUACCUAAAUUUCGUGAUUUUCCUACAAAAAGCAUCGUUGGAAAUGUGAUUUAUCACGUAUUAUUUUACAACUAAAAGGGCACUUCUGCCCCCCUGCCACCCCUAGCAAAAGGCAAGGGGGGCAGCCGCCCCCCCUGCCCCCCAGUUCUGGCGUCCCUGAUAAAAAUAUUGAUAAAUUUCAUGAGAAUUCAAGAAAUAUUGUUUGGUUCAAUAUUCCUGGAAAAAUUAUCCUCAAUAUGCGUAUAGUAUGUGUUUUUUGAUAAAUUAACAAAUACUUGCAAUUCUUGCUUCCCAUUAAAAAAAAUUAAAAUUUCAAAGCAUAAAUCAAGAAAACCUUGGGUCUCAAUGAAGAAAACCUUGGGUCUCACUCAAGUCAAUAAAGAGAAAGAACAAACUAUAUCGAAAAUAUAUGAACCAGCCAUGCAUUACAAUGAAAAUAAUUAUUUAGUGUUCAUGUUUCUUGCGAUUCCCCAAUUCACUUUUCUGUUAGAUUAAAAGAAAUUGCUGUUUUUCUGGCUGAAAAUCGCGCGACUUGAUUUGGACAAGAACUUGACUUGAAACAUAUGCACACUCCCUUAUGUUUUACAACAUAUUUUAUAUGUAAAACUCUUUAAAAACCUCUUCUUUUUCAUCCUUAAAACUUGCUGCAAAGUCCCAUAUUGUGACACUUUGCGGUUGUCACAGGUUUUGUAAAAAAAUUGAGUUUUAAAAUCGAAAAUUUUCGCAAACUUUUGAUCAAUUUUCUUGCAUGAUGUAUCGGUCGAAAGCCCGACUUUUGCACUUUAUACUUGUGACUGUUGCUAGGCAACCCGAUAAAUACGCACUAGACCAUUGUGCCUGGAAGUUGACGUGACGCCCAGGGUGCAUGAGGGCGCAAUGAGACUUACCCCGUUCCCAAUUCCAGGGUACAUGGGGGCGCAAUAAGACUUAAUGAGUUAAUUAAUUUAAUAGCUUAGCCCUUGUACAAAUAUUAAUUAUUAGCAAUUGGCAGGGAAUCUGCAACAGCGCAAGCCAAUUACUGCGGCCCUGUUAACACUUAACAACAACAAACAUGAUGAUAAUAUAGGAACAAGUUGUUUCCUUGUCCUCAGAAGCAAGUCAUAAGAUACUACUUCGACACUAAACCAACUUUUAAACUCAUAUAUAAAACAAGAGAAAUGAUUUAAACAAAGAAGACUGCUUGAGGACAACAACUAACUCUUUCCGAAACAUGCAACAAACGAAAACACAAUAUCUACAUGAAACACAAGAUCAGAUUGGUAAGACUCAGGGCUCGAAUUUUAUCGCAGCAAUUUACUUUCAUUGAUACUUGAAUUCAGAUGUUGAUCAAAUCAUGUGUAAAUCACUAUUUUAGUCUCAGUUUUCUUUGAAAAAAAACCACUAAAGAUAUAUGUAGACAUGUUUCUAGCUUGUCAAAAAUCCAAAGUAACAAAAUUAACGUUUUACUACAGUAAUUUGAAAAAUGCCGUGGAAACUGCCAAAAUUGCCAUAGACAGCUGUUACGUUCUACGGCAAUUUGUAACACCAUUGCCGUCGAUUGAUUUCAGGGAAAUUCAAGGCCUGGUAAGACUUCAAACACAAUUACACUUUAGACAGAUUGUUUUAUACGAACGAGGAUCGUAGGCUGGAUCGAUAUACCGGAUAUAUCCGAUAUACCGGUAUUUGUUUAGAUACCGGUUUGGCGAUAUUGACAAUUUAAAAAUACCGAAAUGAAACGCUAUUUCAAAUCAAACUUGCUUACAAUCACGUUUAGAAAGCAAAGUCAAUACUCACAGAUGCAUGAUUUUGUUCUUUGGCUUUGGUUUGGCAAUACAAAGACAUCUUGUUUAUUAAAUCGCCUUAAUCGGAAAUAUAAAAAUGAACAGCUGGGAAAUUUGUUGUCGCUGUGCAAAGAAAUUGCUGGCGCACGUGAUAUUUUACAAAAAUUCGAAAAUUUGAAAAAACAACACGAGUGAAAUUUCAACUUAUGAUAUUGCAUUUUUAAGAUGGCGAUCAAGGAAAUUAAAUUAUUGGAAAAAUUUCACUAACAUCUCAAGUAUGGAAAGCAUCUACAUUGCCAGCAGUUUAAUUGUGGAUUGAUUCAAAAUUCAGGCGAUAAAGUUACAUAGCUAGGAGUUGGCUUUUGUGCUCUUCGAAUAUCAGUUUUCAUUCGCGGAUUACUGCAACGUGUUGAUCUCAUGGGUGCCAAAAUCGACAUAAACGUAAACUGCUAACCAAGAGCUAUAAAACAAAUAGCUUUUCAAAAAGAUAAACAUUAUUCAGUCACAAGGAUGAGGGUAAAUAAACAUGCUACUGUGUGAUAGUGAUUUCGAAGCAACUUUGUCACAUAUAUUUUAAAAAGUGUGAUUAUGAAUCAAAUUUUGCAUUUUGCAAACCCAAAAAGGUAUGAAAAUUAUUUAAAUAUUUAAGGUUUCCGUGUUUAUACAGUAUUCUUUUGAGAAAAGUAAAAAUUUUCCCGAUAAAAAAGCAUAGUUUCUGCAGAAAACUGUUUUCUGAUAGAGAAGAUCCUGGGGGAGGGUGUGUAAAAGCGUGCGCAGAUAGCAAAAAAACCUUGACGAUUCCUCCAAAAAAUUAAUACCAAAUUUUGUUUUGCCUUUGUUUGAUAUGUAUUUUAAACAAGUUUUUUUACAUCUAAAAAUUGCCCCUAGUGGUCAAAACUUGGAUUAUGUUUGCAGUAUUGGCUAUUUGUUUACUUUUGGAGAUCAAAGUUUGAGGUCCAAUUAUUUUUAAAGUUUGCAAACUACCCAGCUAAUUCUUGGCUAUUGUUUGCAGCCUUGUAUGCUGAUUAAAAUUUAGUUUAGUCCACAAUAGUAGAUCCUUUCAAUGAAGGGAAAUUCAAAAUAGUAUAUUUGAUUACUUUUACAGCACAGUCAUUACAUAGGUAGGGUGCAAUACCAGGCCAAAUUGCAAAAAAAUUUACCGAUUCCUCCAAAUUUAAAAUCAUAUUUUUUUGCUCCCAAGGCACAUAGGAAACAGAAUUUAACAAUAAAUUUUGUUGAAAAAUUGCCCCUUUGCGUCUAAUUUCGCUUUGAAAUGCGUGCGUUUAAUGCUCUUGUAUGAAGCAAGAGUUCGAAAACAUUCGAAGAACUGUAAAAUGUAAUGAAAUCGACAACUUGACCUUGCCCUUGAGAGUUGAGAACCUUGUACUGUCUCAGGCUCAGCACUGAAAUGUUUUUUGACAACGAUAAUUUACCAGUGUUUCUUGCAUAUUUUCCCUAUUUAACUAGUAGAACCGAACAUGCAAGUGCAUCAGAAGACUAAGCGAGAGUUUUGUGUAGAAAUGCUCUGUUUACGGGAAGUUAUUUUGCAUUUGCAAGCGUCAACAAAAGCCGGCAUUUUCAGUUUGAUUAAUAUCAUGUCAAUAGAUAAAAGCUUUGAAAGUCCAGUUGAAAACAUUUUAAACCGCCUUAUUUGUGUAGAAUAUAUGUUAGUUGUAUUAACAUUGAACUUCUUUCUGUUUGAACCUAAAUUUGUACUUGUUUUGCGUUUGACAAGGCUGUUAAGCUCGCGACGAUUGGCAUUUAAUAUACCUCAGGCAUGACUGCAGAUUUAGCGUGUCAAAUGUCUUCUUGUUUGUGUCAAGAUUAUAAUAUUCUCUUGCUGUUCAAACGAGAUAUUCUAUACACUGGAAACAUAGAGUACAUUUUACUUUGUCUCAAGCAAAAAAAUUAUAAAGAUUAAACAGGCAUUCAAAAAUAUACAACAACCACGAACAUCUCAUUAUUUCUUCGGGUAAAUCUUCAAGUUUCAAUGGAAUCUGGCGCAUGUGCAACAAAUUUCCCAGCUGUUACAAAAAUGGCGAAAUUUUUGGAGGAAAAUUUCGACAAAAGAGAAAACAUUGAUUUUGGAAAGUGGAAGUACUAGCAUUUGCAAAGCAGCGAAAACCUUUUCUGGCUUUUUAAGUUUUUUUGUUGUUUUUUUAUCGGGCAGUAUAAGAAGGUAACUUUUUGUUGUUUUUAAUCUUAUUUAACUGACAUGCUAACUUGUUUAUGUGCUAGUUUUAAAAAUGCAACGUUUUUGUAUCUGCGAAGCAGAUAUAUAUGCUAUCGCAAACGUGCCGUACCGUAUGUUAGCACGUAGCCAUUCAGCGACGAGCUUAUAUAAUUUAAGCCAAUCUUAAUAAUUUAAGCCAAUCAGCAAUUUGUUUACAUCGAUUGUUUACAUCGUGCCCGCAUCUAACCUGCGAACGGGCAUACUUUAGCCUUGUCAGGCCUCGUGUAUAAAUCGUGUUAUUGUUUCAAAAAUAUCUUGAUAUUUUUGUCAAUUUAUCUUGAAUUGGCUGUCUUUUUAUUCCGAAGUUAUUUAUCAACAUGGAAUUUUAUCCUCAUCUGGUAAGUAGUCAAAUACCACAUAUUAUAUAUUUAAAUACCAACUUUGUGCAAAUAUAUGUCCCACAUAUUUUAUAAUACACGAGUUCGGCAAAUAUUUACUAUACUAUCUAUAGUUAAUCUUGCCGUAUCUUCGGCGUAGAGUUUACAUGGAAUGCACUCUGGAAUUUUUUUAUUAAUAUAUUACGCUGUAUAAAAUAUUGGAUAUUUUCGAGGAUAUUUUAAGCCAUUUAUCAACAUAGUUCACAAAAAGAUUUAUACAGUAUUAAAAACAAUCCUUCUGUGACUUCUGUAAUAUUUUAAAUAGUGAAAACAUUCUCAGGAGAUAUUGAAUUAAAUCCUGGUCCUGUAUUUCUGUAUAUUGACUCCAUAAACUCUGUUCAAAACAACAGUCCAACUAUAAAGCUGUCAUCAAAUGUAGUGUUAGAGCAAAGGUUGAAGAUGUUAUCAGUUAAAAUACUUAUACAUUUUGGUUUUACCCAUUAGAGUUAAUUAAACAAUAUUUUUACAAACAUUUUCAAAUAAAAGAAUCCUCACCCUCCCAAGCCUCAUUACAUUGUCAUUUUGCUUUCUAACAUAAAUAUUUUUCUUUAGAGAUUAAUACAAGAAUGAAGAAUAAAUGUACUGGAUAUUGGCUGGAUAAUUUUGUCAGGACAACAAACUUGCAAGACAAUCUUACCUAAAUUCAUUAGUAUGGAAAAUAAUUUAACAGCUACAAUGAUAUUAUAUGGUGGAUUUGAUCAAUGGCACACAAUGUACAAAACUAAACUUGUGAUACCUUCUACUCAAACCGAUAAUCUCCCACAACACGAUUGUUUUUGUGUGAAUGUGCUGUACGUGUUAAACCGAACAGUGUGGUACAUCAUUAACCAUGCACAGAACUGGAAUUUAAUUAUAUACUUCACUCACGACCUUCAAAACAUUCUCAAUUAUUCAGUGGUAUAUUUUGUGUAUGUUACUCAACAGUUAACAUUGGCAAGUGUAACAACAAGUGACAUAACUUUUGCUUCCUAUGAUUACAAUAAAGUUUUGAAAAUUUGAUGAGUAUGGAUUGAAUUGACAGGGGACAGUUUUCUAAAUAGCCGGCCGUGUAUAGACACUUUGAAUAUUGUUUGCAUGAAAUUUUUAUUUCCUGACUGCAUAAUUAUCUGUUACAAUCAUAAUCACAUUAUAAAGUUAGUUAAAUUUUCUUGUGGUGGGGGGGUGGGUUGUAGCACUUGCCCUGCUGCACUCCCCGCUGUGUACAGCCCUGUUUUAAAUCUUAUCUGCUAUUAUAAUAAGUGAUGAAAUAUUUCAAUUGUCCCAUGUCAUCUUCAUUAUUCAGUUUCUUUCAAGAAAAUACAAAAUGUGAAUCAAGUUUUUUUGCAGAUACAUGUACGCAUCGCGUACCUAUUUUUUAUGUUUAUAACUAUUAGCAGCUUACUGAAACACUAUCUGAAUUUAUAUACAAAACGAAUAUUUUUCUGAAUGAUUCAACACUUCGAUGCCGAAUCGACGGCCUACUAAUAAUUGCCGCUUAGCGCUGUUAAUUGUUAACAUAGCUUGAUAAUGCGAAUCUUGUGACAUUUGCACUAAUAACAGUAUGUACCACAUUAAUAUUUUGUCAAAACUUGACUUUUCGUGACGGUCAGCACCUCAAGUUUGACUUAAAAAAAAUGUUAAAAAUACCGGAAUACCGGUAUUCUGAUGGCGGUAUAUCGUCAACAUUGUAAGAAGUUCUUGAUGAAGUCAUAUAAUAUUUAUAAAGAAUAGACUUGAAUGUUGAUGGACCACAAGUCUCCAGUUUUAGUUCUUCCGCUAGAAUGUUCCAGACACAGGUUGUUUGUUUGAAGAAGGAUCGUUGAUGGGUGGUUGUUCUGUAUUUGGGUAUGAUGAACUUGGUGGCAGUACUGGUGGAAGAUCUUGUUGGUCUCGAGGUUCGUAUGAUUGGAAUGAGAGGUUUAACAUUCACCAGACCAUUUACUACUGUGCAGAAGAGGACCAUAUCCAAGUUAACAUGCCAAUAGCAAAUGGGUAGUAGGGACAGGGUUAGUAGUCUAGCGCUGUAGUCUGUAGUUGAGGUGAAAGGUAGUUCAAGGAUAAAUUUUGUCGCUCGCCUCUGCGUACAUUCUAUUUGCUGUAUUAGAACAACUGACUGCGGAGACCUUAUCUGCAUUGCAUAACCCCAAGUGAGGUCGCACCAGAGCCAAAUAUAGAAUGUGUCGCACCGCAGUGUUAUGGAUGUAUAACGUUGACCUUCUGAUAUAGCCCAGUAACUUAUUUGCUUUCGCCGACUGAUCGUAAACAUGUUUGUUCCAGGUAAGGUUAUUCUGGACCCACACUCCAAGAUCACAUUCACUGUUAAUUCGUUCUAAAUUUGAUGAUAGUUUGUAUGUUGUUAUUAGUGGCGUGAAUUUUGUGGUGAUGUGUUGGGCUUUGCACUUCAGCACUUCUUGUCGUUGAACGAGAGGCCAGACUCGGACGACCAAACUCGCAGGUUGUCCAGGUCAUUUUGUAGGUGUUCGCAGUCAUUGUUAGUUUUGAUGGUUGAAAACAGUUUUGUGUCAUAUUUGGAAAAUAGAAGACAAAUAGUGAAAUAUGAUCAAGUUAGGUAAAAUGAAAUUGUGAUUAGAAGUGAGGUUCCACAGGGAUCGAUUCUUCAACUCAAUUUUUGCUUCAUACAAAUGAUAUUGAACAGUGCAGCAAAUUACUUUCAUUCAUAUUAAUUGCUGACGACACUAAUAUAUUUUAUAGCAACAGCUGUCUUAAAUCGCUUAAUGUAAUCUUACAAACUGAAAUUAAUAAAGUUACAGAAUCGUUAAACGUCAAUAAAUUGUCUCUAAAUAUCGAAAAGACAAAAUUAAUUUUAUUUAGAUCUUCUAACAAAAUUAGUAUGAAUAAUUUUAUUUAGAUCUUCUAUUCAAAUUAGUAUGAACGAUAAAUGUAGAACAAGUUAAAACAGUGUCCUAGCAAGCUCGAUAAUUGGGGUGGGGCUCAUAUUCAUAUAUUUGUGUUCACAGACCAUAAAAACAAUCGAUUUCAAAAGAAAUUAAUAACUCAGAACACAAACAUACGAAUAUGAGCUUCUCCCCAAUUAUCGAGCUUGCUACAGCACUGGAAAAAUACAACAUUUGUUGGUAUCAUCAUUGAUGAAUGUCUGAGGUGGAAUGAUCAUAUAACUAAUGUUUCAAAAAACUCUUUGAAGUUUCCAGAAUAAUAGCUAACAUUAGACAUUUCUUAAAUCGAAAUGCUAUCAAACUAAUUUAUUAUGCAUUAGUCUAUCCAUAUCUGAUUUUUGGCAAUUUAAUUUGGGGUAGCACAUACAAAGCCCGAAUUAAUAUCCAGAAAAAAAUUGUAUGUCUAAUGACAUUUAAGUCGUACUUGGAACACACUGAAGCUUAUAUUCAAAGAAUUACAUAUACUAGAUAUUUUUAAAAUCAACAGUUAUUUAACUGCUUUAUUUAUGUUUCGAUAUCAUCAUCUUAAAAAUUUACCAGAAUAUUUUACUAACUACCCUUACUAAACUGACAGAUAUGUGGCAGAUAUAUGUCACAGUUCUGAAAAAUAUCUGCAAAAUAUAUGUACGAAAGUAUCUGUCACAUAUCUGCACCAUGGGAAUUUGGCCCAAUAAUAUAUCUGUCACAGUUAUGUGACAGUAUAGUUUCCCUACAGAUAAAAUUAUCUGUAUAUUAUCUACCAAGCAGAUAUGUUACAUAACUGCCACCAAGUGAGUUUUAUUUCUUGCAUAAAACUAUUUCCUCUUCCUGCAACAUCAAGUUGCUGCAACUGUACCUCUGUAAUAAUUUAAUACGAUGAAAUACUAGAUCAGAAUAUUAAAUGUAUUUAUUAGUAAAUAUAUAAUUAUAGGUUACACAUGUAGAUAAAUUUAAGACUGUACAAUCGGUCCUACUAAAUACUGCCCGGAGCGCCCGGGGACGCCCGGGAGCGCGUGAGAACGCCCGGGGAUAUACAAAGUUGUAUAAAUCAGUUCACGAUACUUUUUGAGUCUCUAUGAGGCAUUAUAUUAAUGAAAAAUAAUAUUAAAAGUGAUUUUCAAACAGCCUAGCAACAAGCGGUGAAGCGCAGUCGCCCACGCAGGAAGUUGUGCGAAACAUGAGAUUAUAUUUAUUAUAAAUGUAAAUAUUUGCUGUUAUUUAAAUUAAACUAAAGUUAAAAUAAAAAUUAAGACUAGUUUUGUUUUAAUAUAUCACUUGCUGAGAACAAGGCAGUUGUUGUUUGCUGUCGUUCAAAAAAAUGUUGUCAUCAAGAUUACUGAGAUCUGUACGUAAAAGUCAAAAACAAAAAAAGCUAUAAACUAAAAAGAGAAGAUGACGAUAUAAAUCACAAAACUAUUUUCCCAGACUCAGAACGAAAACAAAAACAUUUCGGGGAUCCGAGGACUUUGGAAUUUCCUUUUUAUUUAAACAAAGCUAAGUUGAAAACUCGCCUUUUUAACCCGCCAAGUGACUACCGCCUUUAUACUCGCAGUCUUCCAGCAUUCCGCGUAAACAAAAACACAAUGGCUGGAUAACUCAUAAAAACAUUCCACGUAAACAAAAACACAAUGGCUGGAUGACUCAUAAAAACAUUCCGCGUAAACAAAAACACAAUGGCUGGAUGACUCAUAAAAACAUUCUGCAUAAACAAAAACAAAAACUCAAUGGCUGGAUAACUCAUAAAAACACUUCGCGUAAACAAAAACGCAGUUUUUUCAGCCUUUAUUGAUUAUAUCGGCUCCUGUAGAAGGGGGUCUAGUUUAAUAGAAUAUGUUUUAGUCUAGUUCUUGCAAGUAAGUAAUAUCUCUUGCUGCAAUAUCAGUAACAAUAAUAAUGUCGAAAAUGUGCUCGGGCUAGAUGAGUCUUGUAACCAUGAAGCUACCAAGCAGGGUUUGUCAGAAGUAGAAAUUACAUCUUUUAUACUUGAUGCUGAAAAUAUUGAGUACUAUCUAAUGGGUGACCUGAAUUGUGAUCUCAGCUCUACUGUCCUAGAUCAUAGUUCAAGGCUGCUCAUUGAUAUUGCUGAACUAUACAAUCUUUCCUCCGCUGAUAAAUGUGCCCACUCGAACCACAGAUUCCUCCUCUACGUUGAUAGAUCAUAUCUUUAUAAAUACUCCCGAUAAAGUAGUUUGCUCUGGUGUCUCUCAUGUUAGUAUAAGCGAUCACAGUCUCAUUUAUGCUUUUCGAAAGCUUUCUGUUAGUCUGCCAACAAGGGGUCAUUCAACGGUAAACUAGAGAAAGUUUAAAAACUUCGACUCCAUCAAAUUUCGUAAUGAUAUUAGUCUACAAAAUUGGAGCCAUAUUACAGAACCCGAAAAUCCUAAUGAUAUGUGGCAUGCUUGGAAAAACUACAUUCAAUUGUCUUCUUGAUAAACAUGCCCCACUUUGUACAAAACGUGUCAAUGCUUCUAAAUUGCCUUGGAUUACGUAUCACCUGAAGGACGAAAUGCACAAAAGAGAUAUUCAAAAAAUCAAAGCGAUUCAUUCCAACAACCCUCAGCAUUGGUCUUCAUUUAAGAAAAUGCGUAAUUCAGUUAAUCACAAAAUCAUUUGUGCUAAAGAAACUUAUUUCAAAAAUGCUUUCUGUGAAAAUAAAGGAAACUCUAAAAAGACUUGGAAUAUUAUCAACGAACUUACAUCUAAGAAUCGAAAAAGUGCUCAAAUUACCGAAAUUAAUUUGAACGGUCACUUAAUUAAUGAUUCUAAUAAAAUUGCUGAUGCAUUUAAUGAAUAUUUUUCUAACAUCGGCCUCAAACUUGCAGAUAACAUAGACUUCAAUGAAGGCAACCGGUCCUAUCACGAAUAUUUAUCUGGUCUAAAUACUAAUACGACGUUUCAAUUGAAAGAAGCAAAUUCCUUAACAGUUUCUGUACUUUUGUCCAAACUAAGUAGGUCAAAAGCAACUGGCUUGGACAAAAUCUCCACUAGAUUACUUCGAGAGUGCCCUGAUUUAAUUGCCGAACACCUUAGUCUCAUCUUUAAUCGUUCUAUUAUCACAGGCAUAUUUCCCAAUGAGUGGAAAUGCGCAAAAGUUUUCCCAAUUCACAAGCAAGGGAAACGUAAUUGCGUUGAUAAUUAUCAUCCGAUUUCCAUUAUCCCUGUUGUGGCUAAGGUUUUUGAAAGGAUAAUUUAUGACCAGUCACAUUUAUAUCUAUCUGAAAAUAAACUCCUAAAAUAUCUAUUUGAAAAUAAACUCCUUCGAAUAGUCAUUUUCUUCAAUGUGGAGUUCCCCAGGGAACUAUAUUAGGUCCACUUCUAUUUUUAAUCUACAUCAAUGACCUGCCUAAUUGUCUGGUACAUUCCUGUGCACGUAUGUUUGCUGAUGACACUAAUUCGACAUAUGCAAGUAAUAAUAUUUACGAUAUCAAUCAUAACUAUAAUGAAGAUCUUGCCCAUGUCAGUGAAUGUUUAUCAGCAAAUAGGCUUACUUUAAAUCAAACUAAAACUGAAUUCAUGUUGAUUGGCUCCCAUCAAAGGAUGAAUACUUUUCAUGCAACUCCUUUUUUAGCAAUCUAUUAUAUACAUGACAAAAUUACUGCAAUCUGAUUGGUUAAGAGGAGUGCAAUUAUUUCAUUAAUUGCACUCUCAAGGAGUGCAAUUAAUGAUUUUCGUGAUGGCUGGGGGGAGCGGGAAAUCAAAACAACAAAAUCCAAUAUGGCGGCGAAAUUUAGAUAAGUAUUUCUAACAAAUGUGGACGAAUUUAACUGAAUUUUGGCACAAGAAUGAGUUUAAGAAACAUUGUAUGGCAAAAAGAGCCUGUGAAAAAUACCUGGAAAGAGUCUUAAGAAAUAAUCUUGGCAGGAUGCAGCGAAAC